UCCCCGGCCGCUGCUGCGGCGCGGCGUCGUGACGUCACGCUGGCGGCGUCGGUGGUUGGCGCAGGGUCCGCGGCUGCAAAGUGUGAAUUAGGCCGGGCUCGCUCCGGCGGCGGAGUGAAGUCAGGCUCGGGAGGCGGGGAGGGGCAGGGCUCGGCGGCGGCGGCGGCCGGAGCUGGUGCCUGGUCCCGAGCCCCGUGCACUGCCGUCGCUCUCGCUUGCAUCGCUGCGCUCCGUGCUCGUUCGGCUCCUGCGCUGCCGUCUCGGCUGCCUUUCUCCUGUCGGCCCAGGAGCGCCGGGGCGGAGGCGGCGGCGGAGGCGCGGUUCCCUCUCCGACUUGUGCCUGUGCUGCCCCAGCUUGCACACCCCGUCCCCGCUCGGCUGGAGCCGGGGCUCGCGCCGGGGUCCUCGUCCCCUGGCGCCGCGGCCGCCGCAGCACCUUCCCGCCGGCUGGGCUCCGGGGAGGCGUGAGCGCGGCUUCCCGGCCCCGGGGUCGCCUCCCGCCCUGCCCCCGCCUGGGCCCGGCGCCCCCGAGCCGCGGCCCCUUCCCAGCGCUGGGGCCGGCGGCCGCGGCAGGGCGGGCGCCGCGCGGAGGCAGGGCGGGCGUAUUCAAUGGAAGUAUGUUACCAGCUGCCGGUGCUGCCCCUGGACAGGCCGGUCCCCCAGCACGUCCUCAGCCGCCGAGGAGCCAUCAGCUUCAGCUCCAGCUCCGCUCUCUUCGGCUGUCCCAAUCCCCGGCAGCUCUCCCAGAGACGUGGAGCUAUUUCCUAUGACAGUUCUGAUCAGACUGCGCUGUACAUUCGUAUGCUAGGAGAUGUACGUGUAAGGAGUCGAGCAGGAUUUGAAUCAGAAAGAAGAGGUUCUCACCCCUACAUUGAUUUUCGUAUUUUUCACUCUCAGUCUGAGAUUGAAGUCUCUGUCUCUGCAAGGAAUAUCAGAAGGUUACUAAGUUUCCAGCGGUAUCUUAGAUCUUCACGCUUUUUUCGUGGAACUACCGUUUCAAGUUCUCUAAACAUUUUAGAUGAUGAUUAUAAUGGGCAAGCCAAGUGUAUGCUGGAAAAAGUUGGAAAUUGGAAUUUUGAUAUCUUUCUAUUUGAUAGACUAACAAAUGGAAAUAGUCUAGUAAACUUAACCUUUCAUUUAUUUAGUCUUCAUGGAUUAAUUGAGUACUUCCAUUUAGACAUGAUGAAACUUCGUAGAUUUUUAGUUAUGAUUCAAGAGGAUUAUCACAGUCAGAACCCCUACCACAAUGCAGUCCACGCUGCAGAUGUCACUCAGGCCAUGCACUGUUACUUAAAAGAACCCAAGCUUGCCAAUUCUGUGACCCCCUGGGAUAUCUUGCUGAGCUUGAUUGCAGCUGCCACUCAUGAUCUGGACCAUCCAGGUGUCAAUCAACCUUUCCUUAUUAAAACAAACCAUUACUUGGCAACUUUAUACAAGAAUACCUCAGUCCUGGAAAAUCACCACUGGAGAUCUGCAGUGGGCUUGUUGAGAGAAUCCGGAUUAUUCUCACAUAUGCCGUUAGAAAGCAGGCAGCAGAUGGAAACUCAGAUAGGUGCUCUGAUACUAGCCACUGACAUCAGUCGCCAGAAUGAGUAUCUGUCGUUGUUUCGGUCCCACUUGGAUAGAGGCGACUUACGCCUGGAAGAUGCCAGACAUAGGCAUUUGGUCUUACAGAUGGCUUUGAAAUGUGCCGAUAUCUGUAACCCAUGUCGGACCUGGGAAUUAAGCAAGCAGUGGAGUGAGAAAGUAACAGAGGAAUUCUUCCAUCAAGGGGAUAUAGAAAAAAAGUAUCAUUUGGGAGUGAGUCCACUUUGCGAUCGUCAGACUGAAUCUAUUGCCAACAUCCAGAUUGGUUUUAUGACUUACCUGGUGGAGCCUUUAUUUACAGAGUGGGCCAGGUUUUCGAACACAAGGCUGUCACAGACCAUGCUCGGCCACGUGGGGCUCAACAAAGCCAGCUGGAAGGGACUGCAGAGAGAACAGUCCAGCAGUGACGACACUGAUGCUGCAUUUGAGUUGAACUCACAGUUAUUACCUCAGGAAAAUCGGUUAUCCUAACCCCAGAACCAGUAGGACAAACUGCCUCCUAGAGGUUUCUAGAAAUGUGAAAUGGGGUCUUGAGGUGAGAGAACUUACUCUUGACUGCCAAGGUUUCCAAGUGAAUGAUGCCAGCAUUAUUUAUUUCCAAGAUUUCCUCUGUUGGAUCAUUUAAGCUUACUUUUUAACUGUAAGACCUGAACACAUAGCAAUAUGCAUUGGCUUUUGUGUGAAACCUUGAUUAUGCAAAGCCCAGCAGGAGAGUCCAAAAGAAGGAACGAAGGAUGACUUGAGGUGUGCCACGCGUUUUUCAGAGCAUUUACUCUUCAAACCCUGAAACUUGAACCGAAUCUCUCGGCAGCAAUCUCUCGGAAUUUAACCAGUCUGAUGGAACAAUGUCUAUCCGUACCUUCCACUAAGUUCUCUCUGAAAAAACGGAAAUGUGAAGUGCCCAGCCUCUGCUGCCUCUGGCAAGACUCAAUGUUUACAAAUCAACUCUGAAAAUAUGGGUUCUAAAUUGCCUUGGAGCACGAUUGUGAAGGAACCACUGAAAAAGAAAAAAACAGUACAAAACAAAACUCCCUGGUCAAACUUUAGACUGCAGCUCUUCCCUGGUUUGCCUUUUCUCUGCUUUGGAUGCCACCAAGGCCCCCCGUUUGCUGUGGUUUUACUCUGUGCCCUGGAAACAGCAUUUGUCACAGAAAACCACCAACCUUACACUCCAGUGCUGUCUGGCAAUGCAAUUUUUUUUUAAACUCUUAGUUAGUUUUUAAUUGGGGGCGGGAGGGGAAGAACACCAAUGUCCUAGCUGUCCUUUGAUUGUGCAGUGGAGACAUUGCAUGUUGUUUUCACUACUGUACACUUGACCUGCACAUGCAAGAAAAAGGUGGAAUGUUUAAAACACCAUCAUCAGCUCAGGGUAUUUGCCAAUCUGAAAUAAAGUGGGAUGGGGAAGUGUGUCCUUCAGAUCAAGGGUACUAAAGUCCCUUUUGCUGCAGCGAGUGAGGUAUGUUGUGUGUGGGUGUGUGUUUGCGUGUAUAUUUGUGCAUGUGUGACUGUGCAUGUCAUGUUUAUCCACGUGGGAAAGGAUUGGAAAUGUAAGCUUUUAUUUAUUCUUGCAGAAUGUGACAAAAUGAGCAGCCACACUUGGGGAGGGGAAGGUAGGUAAGCUGUAACCGAUUGCUCCAGUUGCCUUAAACUAUGCACAAAGCUACGUGACCAAAUUUUCAUUUUGAUUUGAAAAAAAAAAAGUGCAUUGUUUUCUUGUCCCUCCCUUUGAUGAAACAUUACCCUUUGAUGGGCCUUUUGAUGUGAACAGAUGUUUUCUAGGACAAAAAUUUAAGGACUAAUUUUAAACUUAAAACAUUCCACUUUUGUAAUUUGUUUUCAGUUGUUUUAUGUAUAGUAAGCACAACUGUAAUCUAGUUUUAAGAGAAAUCGGUGCUUUCUUUUAGUUCAUUUGUAUUUCCCUUGUUACUGUAAAAGACUGUUUAUUAAUUAUGUUUACAGUUUGUUGCAACAGCCAUUUUCUUGGGAGAAAGCUUGAGUGUAAAGCCAUUUGUAAAAGGCUUUGCCAUACUCAUUUUAAUAUGUGCCUGUUGCUGUUAACUUCUGAUGAAUAAAAACCUAUCUUUUCACA